AUGAGUUCCCUCCGGAGCAUGUCUUCGACAUCCCUCCUCCUUCGACAGGCAUUCGCUGCAUCACGCUACACAGCUACUCCUAGCCGACUAUUUCAGGCAUCUCUACCAAUACGGCCUAUAGCUAGAGGCCAGACCCGCACGAUCCUCCGACCAGCUGGCGUCAUCCUCAAUCCCACUCAGACAACCCGAACUGGCAGACCCCAACGAUACUCUCGACCGAUCAACGACGAAAUCGAGGCCGACACCAUCCAGCUUGUGGACCAAAAUGGAGAACUCGAUGUGCCAACACGGAAAUCAAAUAUAGUUCUUACGAUGCGCCGUAAUGAGCAGGUCCUGGUUCAACUGGACCCUGGAGAUUCUUCGCGCGUGCCAGUAUGCAAAAUCAUGUCCUUAUCUGAGUUCCGAGAAGAAGAACGGGCAAAAGAGAGGGCCGUUAGGAUGGCUAAGCACGCGGCCAAAACAUCAACAAAGCAGAUUGAGUUGAAUUGGUCUAUAGAUCCACAUGAUCUUUCACAUCGGUUGAAGAAGCUGUCUGGGUUUAUUGACAAGGGCCGGACGGUGGAAAUUGUUUUGACAAGGAAAAGAAACAAGCGUAUUGCUACGGCAGAUGAGAUCAAGCAGUUGAUGGACCGUCUCAGGGCUGCCAUUGAAGAAGCUAACGCUCAUCAAAGCAAGUCCAUGGAAGGGGAGAUUGGUAAAACGCUGACCAUCACCGUGGAGAAGAAGAAUUGA